AUGUCCCACCACAAAACCAAGAGGAGCUCGGCAAAACCGGACAAGCUAAAUUUUUUUGGCCACAAACAAACCCCUGCGACUUUGGCAACGCAGGCCUCAACAGAGUCCGUAGACCCUGAAUCAGACGACGGUAUGCCCACCAGCGUCCCAGGAACACAAUCGGACACAACACAAAUAAUGAAAGCUGAUCUUAAUGCAGCCAUGGAGAUUAUGUCUAACAAACUUAUCACCACGUGGCAACACACAGCAGACUCUAUGCGUAAGGACAUCCAAGAGCUGGGUAAGCGAACAUCCCUUAUGGAGGAUAAAUGUGACGAAUUCGCCACAGCCCACAAUGAUCUAGCCACUACUGUGGAACGUAUGGCAACUGAAAUCACCAAAUUAGAAGACAAAUUGGCUGACCUGGAGGAUCGCUCCCGCCGAAAUAAUCUACGCCUGCGAGGGGUGCCCGAGGAUGUCUCUACCGACGACCUACAGGCGUAUGUACGGAACCUAUUGCAUGCUUACUCACCGGAGAUACCCACGGACAUGCUGCUAGUAGACAGAGUGCAUCGAAUCCCAAAACCCCGGCACCUCCCGUGGACGGUACCGAGAGAUAUAUUGCUCCGCGCCCACUACUUUCACAUAAAGGAGCACAUCCUCCGCAGCAGUAG